AUGUCUAGUUUUAUUUUUUUUGAGGAUCGAGAUAUUAUAAACAAGGUGUCAUUUACUUUAUACUGCAUCAUUUUUGUUCUUGGAACUAUCGGUAAUGGAUUAGUCAUCUGGAUUGCUGGAUUCAGGAUGAAGAAGACAAUCAGCGCUGUGUGGUUCCUCAACCUGGCCAUUGCGGACUUCCUCUGCUGUGCUUCUCUUCCUCUGCGCAUUGUAGAGUGGCUCGCAUUUUUCUCACUCUAUGAAAAUGUUAUUUGCUUUCUGAGCAUUAUUCUGUUCAAUCUAAAUGUGAGCGCCAGUGUUCUUCUCUUGACGGCCAUGAGUAUUGACCGCUGUGUCUCUGUCAUGUGGCCAUUUUGGACCAAAGUUCACAGGACACAUAAACUAGUGAGAAUCACUGCGGCAAUCAUUUGGGUGUUGAGUUUGCUCUUGACUGGUUUAGUGGUUUAUUUUUAUGUAUACUAUCUUUAUAAUGUAAAUGAAUGGUGCACAGUGUUUUAUAACUUUUAUGAUGACUAUAUUCACAAGAUAAAACUGACCAUUCGAUCAUUAAGGUUAGUUAUUAUGUUUGUGAUCCCUUUUCUCAUCAUCUUGAUCAGUUAUGGUAUAAUUUUCAUCAAACUUAGGAAAAGUAAGAGAUCCAAGAGAUCUCAGAGACCCUACAGGAUCAUCACUGCUGUUAUAUUGGGUUUCUUCAUCUGCUGGUCGCCAUAUUACAUCUGGCCACUAACACCCAUGUAUGAUGUAGAUGACUUUCAGUUUUAUCUAGUAAAUGCUAUUAUCAUCAACCUGGCUUCCCUUAACAGUUGCAUCAAUCCAAUCAUUUAUGUUUUUAUGGGUCAAGAUUUUAAACACAGUUUCUUCAGAUCUAUCCCAGCCAGAGUGGAAAAAGCCUUAAGUGAACACCCUAAUGAUAUAUGCAGAGAAUGA